AUGUAUAAACUACAGCACUCGAGGUACUACACAACCUCACUACAACACUCUGGUACUCCACAACCUCACUACAUCACUCGAGGUACUCCACAACCUCACUACAGCACUCGAGGUACUCCACAACCUCACUACAACACUCUGGUACUCCACAACCUCACUACAGCACUCGAGGUACUCCACAACCUCACUACAACACUCAAGGUAUUCCACAACCUCACUACAUCACUCGAGGUACUCCACAACUUCACUACAGCACUCAAGGCAUUCCAUAACCUCACUAAAACACUCGAGGUACUCCACAACUUCACUACAGCACUCAAGGCAUUCCAUAACCUCACUAAAACACUCGAGGUAUUCCACAACUUCACUACAGCACUCGAGGUAUUCCACAACCUCACUACAGCACUCGAGGUAUUCCACAACCUCAUUAAAACACUCGAGGUACUCCACAACCUCACUACAGCACUCAAGGUAUUCCACAACUUCAUUACAGCACUCGAGGUACUCCACAACCUCACUACAACACUCAAGGUAUUCCACAACUUCACUACAGCACUCGAGGUACUCCACAACUUCAUUACAGCACUCGAGGUGCUCCACAACCUCACUACAACACUCAAGGUAUUCCACAACUUCACUACAGCACUCGAGGUGCUCCACAACCUCACCACAGCACUCAAGGCAUUCCACAACCUCACUACAUCACUCGGAGGUACUCCACAACUUCACUACAGCACUCAAGGCAUUCCACAACCUCACUACAACACUCAAGGUAUUCCACAACUUCAUUACAGCACUCGAGGUACUCCACAACCUCACUACAACACUCAGGUACUCCACAACCUCACUACAGCACUCAAGGUAUUCCACAACUUCAUUACAGCACUCGAGGUACUCCACAACCUCACUACAACACUCAAGGUAUUCCACAACCUCACUACAUCACUCGAGGUACUCCACAACUUCACUACAGCACUCAAGGCAUUCCAAAACCUCACUAAAACACUCGAGGUAUUCCACAACUUCACUACAGCACUCAAGGUAUUCCACAACCUCACUACAGCACUCGAGGUAUUCCACAACCUCACUAAAACACUCGAGGUACUCCACAACCUCACUACAGCACUCAAGGUAUUCCACAACUUCAUUACAGCACUCGAGGUACUCCACAACCUCACUACAACACUCAAGGUAUUCCACAACUUCACUACAGCACUCGAGGUACUCCACAACCUCACUAAAACACUCGAGGUAUUCCACAACCUCACUACAGCACUCGAGGUACUCCACAACCUCACUACAACACUCAAGGUAUUCCACAACUUCACUACAGCACUCGAGGUACUCCACAACCUCACUACAACACUCAAGGUAUUCCACAUAUUACAGCACUCGAGGGUACUCCACAACCUCACUACAGCACUCAGGUACUCCACAACUUCACAGCACCUGACACUCACAGCACUCAAGGUAUUCCACAACCUCACCACAGCACUCCGGCCAACUUCACACAGCACUCGUACUCCACAACCUCACUACAGCACUCAAAGUAUUCCACAACUUCACUACAGCACUCGAGGUACUCCACAACCUCACUACAGCACUCAAGGUAUUCCACAACCACUACAGCCUCCGAGGUACCCACAACUUCACUACAGCCUCAGGCCCACAACACUACAGCAGGGUAUUCCACAACUUCACUACAGCACUCAGGUACUCCACCUCACCACAGCACUCAAGGUAUUCCACAACUAG